CAAAGAAAUAUGGCUAAACCAAUCAGAAGUAUCAACUAACUACUUUUAUGCGUUUAAUAUAUCUAGGCUGCUAAAGUCAGACUUCAAAAAGAAGAGAAUGCUAAAUUAAAGCAAAAAAUACAAGAAUAUGAAAUAAGAAUAAGAGAUUUAGAGUUUGAUGCCACCAAGCAAAUACAAGAGCAUCAUAAGAAAGAAGCUGUUCUUAAUAGUAAACUUCUAGAUCUGGAGAGUCAACUCAAUAAGCCUUCAGACUCAGCUUCAUUAGAACACUUAGAGCUUGUAGAGGAAUUAAGACUAAAGUUAGAAGCUUAUGAAACUGAGUGCUCUUGCUUGAGGGAAAGUCAGCAGAGAUCUAUUCUGGAGCUAGAUAUUCUUAAAUAAUCAGAAUAAUGAAUUAAGAAAUAAGUUAGAUGGUGGUAUAGACAUCUCAAUCGAAAGUUUAAACGGAACUCAAAGUCCAAUAAAGCUAAACUCGGAUUCAAAAUAAAGUUUUGAAGAAGGGACAAGUUAUCAAUACUGAAGAUUCUGAUAAAAGCUCUAUCUCUGAGGACCAAUCUGAAACUAAUAAUAGAAUUAGCAGUCUUACAUCGAACUCUUCAAAAAGAAACAAAAAAACAAAGAAAAAUAAAUAUAUUGCAGAGUUACAAAAUCAAAUCCAGGAGACAAAGGAUAGAGCUAUUCAGAGUUUAGUUGAAAAGGAAAAAUCAUUUAUGAAGGAACGUCAGGAAUUUAAGAGAGUUCAGAAUAAAUUACUCAAAGAGAUCAAUUCGCUUAAAAAUUCACUCCAAAAUAAUGAAAAUGAGUUCCCAGUAGGAGGAUCAGGGUACAACAUGUUUGGUUCAGAAGAAAAGAUAUUACAAAACCAAAUAAAAGAACUUAAAAUCGAGAGAGAUAACACUGUUAAAAAGCUAACACUUGAUUUCCAAACCCUGAUGGCUAAGUAUGAAGACGAUGUUUCAUAUUACAAAGACAUGAUGGAAAAUAUUCCUCGAAAAUCAGUUGAGACUGUUGGGCCAGAGUUUAUCCAAACCCAAUCUUCUCAAAACCAGGUUUCUCUGAAAAUUCUUGAUGAGUUGAAAGACAACGAAGAGCAUUACUUGAAGGAGCAGAAAAUGUUUCAGAGAAAAAUAACAGAACUAGAGGAAAAAGUUGAGGAGUAUAAAAACAUGGAAGAACCAAGAGAAAGCAUGACACUCAGCAUGAAUGAUUUUCUGAAGAAAGAAUCGAUGAUUACCAAGCUACAGAAAGAAAAUAAACAGCUUAACAAGAAUAUCUCAGAUUUGGAACAAGAUAUUGAAUUCAAAACAGAUGAAAUCUCAAUCCUUGAAGAAGACCUCGCCAAAGAAAGCAAUUUAGUAGCCCAAUUGCAUCAAAAAGUUGAUGACCUGUCUUGUAAACUUACCAAAUCAGAAAAAGAGUUGAAACAAAGCAUGGAGGAUCUGGAAAAUGAAAGGAUAGACUACAAAAACAGCGUGAUUAAUCUUGAAAAAGAGCUCACAAAUACAAAAGAUAUAUACGAAACAGAAAUAAGCCAACUCAGAGUAAAUGUAAAAACUAAAGAAUCAGCAUUAAAAAGUCUAAACGAACAGUUUGGAGAAGAAGAUUUCGAUAAAUCUAUCGACGGUAUUGGAAGUAUCUCAAAAUCAGACCUGUCAGGAUCUUUGUUUGAUGAACUAGGAGGAGAAAGUUCUACAAGGUCGAUGUCCAUCGUCCCAAAAGGAUAUAAAAUCCACAUUUGAAAACUCAAGAAAAAGCUAAAGCAUAUCGAAGAUAAAUGAAGAGGUUUUAAAGCUGAGGUUUCAAAAUUAAAAGAAGACAAAGCUCAGCUAGAAAGUAAAUUAGAUAUUCUUGAAAAGCAAGAUGGAGACCAUCAGAACAAGAUUCAGGAGCUUGACAAAAUGCAUCAGAAGGAGAUUAAAUCACUACAAAAUAGAGCUCGGGCUGCAUUCGCUGAAAUACAAAAUUUAAAGAAAAAGAAUGUAGUUACUUCUAAUAACAAAGAUAAAGAAGUUCAUAAAUUAGAAGCAAGAAUUGCAGAUCAGCAAACUAUCAUCGAUGCUUUAUAAAUUCUCAAAAUAAGAUGAGCGAGGAUGAUCUAAUGACUAGAAAUCUGAAAUGGGCUCAAGAGAAUAAUGAAUUAACAUGUCAAUUAAUGGAGGUCGAGAAGCAGUUGAUCGAAUCGAAGCUUCACAUGGCAAAUCUAGCUUCAAUGAACGAUCGUUUAAAGCAUUCAAAUAAUGAGAAAAAGAAGAAGAUCAAAGAGCUGAAUUAUUACCUGCAUAAGUAUAAUAUCGAAGCGCCAGCCGCUAGAAAUGAAACAGCGGGUUCAUCAUAAAAUUAAAUCCAAUCUCAUUCCCAGUUGAAAUACCAUAU